CGUGGGAGUCGAGAGAGGAAGGCUCACAGUUGCCCUCUCGCUCUUGAACAACUGAAAUUCGAUCUUACGUCAACGGUUUAUGAUUUGGAAUCUCGACUACCAAAGCAUUUCUACUUUUCGACCUACGAAGGUAUUGAAUAGUGAAUGAAGUCGUACAGAUUUGUUUAACGUUACUUUUACAAAUUUGUGAGUAACAAUGGUGAUGGAAGAACAGCAAUCGGAUAUGGAACUAGACUCGGAGAGAAUUCCUGUUCCUCAAGUGCAGAAGUUAGGAACAGUGGAGACAGUGAAUAAUGUCACAAAUAUUUCACGAGGGAAACCCAGACUCAGAAAAAAAGCGUUACACGCUGCAAUACUUGCGCAGAUAGAAUUUUAUUUUAGCGAUGCAAAUUUAAGCAAAGAUCGAUUUUUAAGUAAUUUAAUUCAACAAAACCCAUACGUCGACUUAAACGUUUUUCUCAGAUUUAAUAAGAUUCAAGAAUUAACUACAGAUGUAAACAGAAUAACCAAAGCUCUACAAGCGUCGACGAUGUUAUCAUUGUCCGAAAAUGGAACAAAGGUUCAUCGCAUAACACCAAUAGUACCAAAAGAAAAUACAGACGACUGUACAGUUUAUGUACAAAAUUUACCGCCGGAUACAGAUCACGAAAGAUUGAAGUCAUUGUUUUCUCAGUAUGGUCCGGUGGUGUAUGUUUCAUUACCGCGGUACAGGCAUAAUAAGAAAAUAAAAGGUUUUGCAUUCGUGGAAUUUGAUACUCCGGACAGUGUUAAGAAAUGUCUUAAGGCUUUUCAGAAGAAAGGAUGUGUAUUGCCUUUACACACUGCUCCCAAUGAACUUUUAAGCAUUACUACUUUCGAUACAGAUGAAAAAAAUGUGAUACAAAAGAAAAGAAUAAUAAAUUCAAGCGAAAACAACAUAUAUACAACAAAUACUAUUAAAACUGAAGAUUUGCAAAAUGUUGAAAACUAUGAGAAAGGACAUGCAACUGUAGACAAUACUUCAGAGUUUCAUGAAAAUGAAGGUAAAAAGAAGGCAAGAAAGAGGAAGCACAAGGAUACAGAAAUGUUACAAACAGAUGGUAUGGAAAAACAAAUAGAUGCUGAAGUAAUAUCAAAAUCCAGAAAGAAAAGUUCGAAAUCUGCUACUGAUACGUGUAGCGAUGAAAAGCAAAGUGAUAUUUCUUUAGAUAUUAUACCAGCAGACUUGAUUAAACAAGAGGAAGGUAUAUCUAUAAAGGAGGAACAAACAUUGGAUAAUGGUGAUGAUAGCGAACAAAUGAUAACCGAAAAUAGUGCAACUGUAGCUGUCGAGGAACAAGAGGAUACAAGCGAGAAAAAAAAGAAGAGAAAACGCAAAAGGCGAAGCAAAACAGAGGACAUUGGUUACAAUAUGCAGCUACAAGUGAUUGCUAAAAAAGACUGGAAACAUCUUAGAAAUAAAUACUUGGAAUUACAGAGAAGUAAAAUGAAGCAACUCAAACAACAUUUGAGAAAAACAAGAUGGAAUCAAUGGUGUAAUUAUGAGAAAAUUAAACCGGAGAAAGAAGAAAACGACGAGAAAGAAAAGGCGACCAAAGAAAACAAUGAAAAUACGCAACGUUUCACAUUUACUCCCGGAGUUAUAGUUAAGAUUAAAUUGGAUACGCCAUGUACAGAUCCAAAACAAUUUAAGAUGGAAUUAAAAGGGAAUAAUUGCAUAAAAUACGUAGAUGUUAAAGAAGGUUCUUUCCUUGUUUAUGUGAGAUUCGACACAAGUGAUGCUGCGCAAACGUUCACGCAAAAAUCUAGCGAAGGACAACACCCAACGAUAUUAGAUGGCGAAGAAGAAAAAUUAUAUUGGAACAAAAUCACAUAUGAUAGAGAGGAAAAGUUGGGUAAAAAGGUGAAAACUAAACAGAGAGGUAGGACUAAGCUAUUAAAAAAGGCGGAGAAGGAACUCGGAAAACAUAUUAAGUUUGAUGAAGUGUAAAAAUAGAAACAUUAUUUUCUUAUGAAAUAUGUUUAUUUGUAUAUAAAACACGAGAUGUUUUUAUAUUAUAAAUGUCAUUGCAGA